AUGUCAUUAUCGAUGUUCAACGAUCAUUGUCAAAAUGUUUUGAAAUUGGUAGGAACUCGACUUGUCUCAUUACGUGUAACAUUAACCAAUGCUAUUGGUGGAUGGUCACUUGUUUCAUCAUCUCUAAAAUAUCAUCAAACAACAUUGCUUCAACGCCUUCAUCUAAUCAAUAUUACACCACAUGAGUUUGAUAAUUUACUACGUAAUCCUUUAAUAAACGGAUUACACACUUUAUUAGUUGAUUUGACAUCAUCUAGUCCAUUUCAUUAUCUUGAUGGUGAAGCAGUUUAUUUAACUAAGGUGUGUUCUAAAUUGCCUCUUCUAACAAAUUGUCGACUUCCAAUUAAUGUUUAUCAUAAAGGUAGAUAUGAUGUAGACAAAUAUUCAUCACUAUCAAUAAUGAGUUUACCAAGUUUAUUAAAUACAACUCAUCUUCGUAGAUUGACUAUUGGUAUGAACACGUCACACUUUCUCAAACGUUUAAUAUCUUAUAUACCGUUUAUUGAAAAUCUUUCUGUUGGUGUAAAAGAUCUAGAAAUGAAUCAGAAGAAGAGUUUUGAUAUAAACUUACUACCUGCCGCUGUCGAUGCUCAUCUUCUUUCGUAUCUAUCUCGUUUACAUAUAAAUUCUAAAGAUAGCAUUAGUUUUCACCGAGCUAUUGCGCUUUUAUCGUCUGUGUUUGGUCAACUUCGUCAUCUAUCAUUGAAAUUAGAAAGUGAUGUAGUAAUCUCUAGUCCAUUGACUAUAUCAGGUGAUAUUAUUCAAGAGUUAUGUAUUGAUCGUCUCAAUCAAGGCGCAAUCUAUAAUCUUUAUCUAGAUUUACAUGUUAAACAUGAUGCGAAGGAAAAAAUAAUUUUUAAUUCAUUUUUGACAGCUCCAUUUACUAAUCGACCACGACCGAAAGUGUUUAUUCAAGAACUUAUCAGUGACGAUGUCGAUCAUGAUUGUCAUUAUUUUACGGUAUUGACUUUACCAUGUUAUGAAAGAAAACUUCGAACAUACAUGUUUUCUAGAGCUCUAGAAAAAUAUUAUCCAAUGCCAAUUCAUGCGGUAGAUUUGUUUCCACGCGCUAAUGAAUUAGUUCUUCAUGGUUAUAGGAAUGAAAAUUGUGUUUUAGAGCUUGGUAAUGUUACAAGUUCUAUAUCAUCAUUAGUUCCGUGGUCAUUAUUAAGAAAAAUUUCAAUUGAUAAUAGUGAUGUUGUUACUACAGCUGAACUAGAAUCAAUAUUACGGAUCGCUUAUAAUGUGCAUUCACUACAUAUAUGGGAAAAUACUGGAAAUUUUCGCCAGGCAGUAUUACGUAAUAUUAAUAAUCUUGGUACUCUGGUCAAUAAACAAAUUGUUAAUAGAUGUUUAACAAAAACAGUUACUGAUGUGCAAGAAUUAUUAAAUGGUACAUAUUUACGUUGUUCAAAUUUUGAAGAAAAUGAUCUAUCAUUUGUCGAUUUAAUAUUCUCUAUUUAA